ACACAGAGAACUAAUUUGCUUUGAACAUAAUUUACCAAAAUAGGUCAUCAUCCAAAAUGGGCAUGUUAAAUUGAUGGUCUGGAGAAGAGAAACAACGAACAAACAGAUAGGGAAAUCCCCGUGAAAUAUUAAAGAUGGCGGCCAAUCAGCAAAUAUCACCGUCUCCUUCAGCUUCUAAAAGAGAACAAAUAAUCUUGAAUGAGGUUGCCAUGAGAAAUAACCAGUCAGUUAUUGAUUAUUGUCGUACAUCAAUGUCUGCGUUAUCAGGUGCUACUGCAGGGAUUCUUGGACUCACUGGGCUUUAUGGAUUUAUUUUCUACUUCAUAACAUCAUUUGUCUUAUCGACAAUGUUGUUAAUAAAAGCAGGUAGAAAUUGGUCAUCAUACUUCUUCAGUUGGAAGCCUCUCCUCACAAGUGGUCUCCUAGGUGGUCUAUUUACAUAUAUACUAUUUUGGACAUUCUUGUAUGGUAUGGUUCAUGUUUAUUAGAAGAUAAUGUAAUUUUUAGGUCAAAAUGUCACAAGAAGGUGGAGCAGAAUAAUGGACCUUUCCGGAGUGUCAAUCAAACUUAACAACUGACCAAUCAGAACAGUGCCAGGAUUACGCACGUGUCCAACAUACACUCAUGUUUACCCACAAACGCACGUUUACACUAUUGUUUUGUGGGAUCUUAGCAACAAUAUCCAAGAGGUGGGGCUUAGCGGAAAGGUCCAUUGCACAAUAACCAUGCUGCCUGCUGCCCUCUAUAGUUUGAUAUUAACAUUACAUGAAUAAAGAACAAAUGAGGUUGCAAAGAUGGUUCUGCAGUUAACUGUCCUGCCAAGUAAAUCAACAAAAAAAUUCAGAAUAUUAGCAUCUAUAGCUUGAAUAUCAGUCAAUGUUCACAUUUGUGACAGAAUAAUUAAAUAUUAUUUCAUUAAAAUUUGUAACACUGGAUAAUAUUAAGAAAUUUACAGAACAAGCUUUCAACUACUGAUGUGGUCUUUGUGUUGACAUCAUUGGUAUUAGUUUAAUAUUAUCCAGUAGUACAUACAUUUCAAUAAAAUUUUAUUUGGAUUUCAUGGAUAGAUAUUUAUUAUAACUAAUGAAUAUUUAAAAAAAAUUUUGGAAUAGGUUGAUGAAUAUUCAAUAGAAUAUUAUGGUUUUAGUUUACUUACAGCUAUUUACAAUAGAUGCUAGUUCAGAAACUCUGGUCUACUAGCAUCACUGAACAAAAUGUGCUUAUUUUUUAAAUUUAUUGGUAUUAAUAAUGAAUUAAAUUUUGUAUUAAUGAAUGAUCUGUGUGCACAAUGAAAUAGUUUAAAGAAAAUUA